AUGUUGACAUCGCUGGCCCUCACUGCCUCGCAAACUACCAUGGAAACCACCGGCCAAUCCAACUCCACAGAUCUCGCCCAUGGCCGUGGUCACCACCUCCCAGACCUCGAUGGGAUGAAGACUUCUGAUGAAGUCAUCAUUCUCAUCCUCGGUGCGCGUGUCUUUCUUACCUUUGCACUGGGAUUAGCCUUCCAGCUCCGCGAUAAACCGGUCUGGGCCCUCCAACGGAAACAGCUGGCCUGGCAAUAA